CCGAGGACGGGGCGCAUGAGAUUCAUCCGAGGUCGACGAGCAUGUCGGACGUUGCCCGCCCCGCCCCCCGCCGGUGCCCCACAUAGUCCUACCGCACAGCGGCCACUCGCUUUUGGCCACGAUCCCAACCCGUUAUGGCAGUCUCGGGCUAAUCUGCGAUCGUCCACUGCGAGCCCUUCAAGCGAGACGGCCGUCGCACAUCGUACCAUCCUCUCGCCCUCGAAUAAAUACCCUUGGCCGUCGGGAACGAGCUCAGAUCGACACCCCCGCCCCCGCCCAUCAUGUCCGUCUUCCAAGCGACCACCUCUGCCCCGGUGAACAUCGCCUGCAUCAAGUACUGGGGAAAACGCGACACCAAGCUCAUCCUGCCUACAAACUCGUCGUUAUCCGUCACCCUCGACCAAGAUCACCUCAAGGCGACCACCACGUCGCGUGCGGACGCGUCAUUCGAGAAGGACAGGCUAUGGCUUAACGGCACCGAGGAGGAGAUCAAGGAGGGCGGGCGUCUGGCCACAUGCAUCGCGGAGAUGAAGCGUCUGCGACGAGAGGUCGAGGAAAAGAACCCCGCUGAGCCCAAGAUCUCCGGCUACAAAGUCCACAUCAGCUCGUACAACAACUUCCCCACCGCCGCUGGCCUCGCUUCCUCCGCCGCGGGCUUUGCUGCCCUCGUCUCCUCCCUCGCGGCCAUGUACAAGCUGCCCUCGACCCCCUCCGAGCUCUCCCUCAUCGCGCGUCAAGGCUCCGGCUCGGCCUGCCGCUCGCUCUUCGGUGGCUACGUCGCCUGGGAGCAGGGUACCAAGGACGACGGAUCCGACUCUUAUGCGGUCGAGAUCGCGCCGCGCGGGCAUUGGCCCGACAUCCACGCGCUCAUCUGCGUCGUGUCGGACGACAAGAAGGGCACGUCCUCGACCUCGGGCAUGCAGCGCACGGUCGAGACCAGCGAGCUCCUCCAGCACCGGAUCAAGCACGUCGUCCCGAAGCGGAUGAAGGACAUCUCCGAGGCCAUCCUCGCGCGCGACUUUGACGCCUUCGCCCGGCUCACGAUGCAGGACUCGAACCAGUUCCACGCCGUCGCGCUCGACACGUACCCGCCCAUCUUCUACAUGAACGACGUCAGCCGCGCGAUCGUCGCCGUCGUGACCGAGUACAACCGCGUCGCGCUCGAGACGACGGGACACCUCAAGGCCGCGUACACGUACGACGCCGGCCCGAACGCGGUCAUCUACGCCCCGAAGGAGAACAUCCCCGAGAUCGUGCAGCUGAUCGUCAAGUACUUCCCGCAGGCGGACCCGUUCAAGGACCCGUUCGGGCUCUUUGGCGCCGCUGGCGUCGGCGAGGGCAAGCUCCCGGAGGGCUUCAACGCGGCGGUCGCGAAGCCGUUCACGAUUGGCGCCGUCAAGGGCUUGAUCCACACGCGCGUCGGCGAUGGUCCGCGGGUGUUGGGUGCGGAGGAAGCGCUCCUCGGCGCCAACGGUUUACCAAAAUCUGCAUGAGAACACAGUGGAAUGUAUGAUAUUUAUCACCGGGUCUCGCUUGGAUGGUGCAAUUACUAGAGUUUUAGUGGCAUACUACUCUCGAGUCGUGAAAUCGGUACAUCGUGAACGGC